AUGGCCAUCGUCCCUAUAAUGCUGCCCCCAGAGCCUGUGCAGGCUCCGCCCGCACCGAGCACGGUGGAGAUCACGAUGCAGAUGGACAACGUCUCGAUAGACGAUGCGGCGACUGCGCAGGCAACCCCCCAGCCCGCCGUCCGUAUCGCGGUCCCGCUCGAAGCGAGAAAGAGACCUGCAGCAGCUACCUCCACGAUCCAUACCGAGCGGAAGCUUCUCCGGCGCGAUAGCAUGGACCGAAGGGAGGCCCUUCUUAAGGGCAAAGAGGGGUCACGCCAGCGGCGGCGGUGGGAGAAUGAUCGUCUGCUCUCGAACCCAUGGGCCCAGCCACCUUUGCCCUCCGAUUGGGAAAUCAAGCCAACCUACCAGCGCCGUACCGUUCCUUACUACUUGGCCCCUUUGUGGGAUGCGGCCGAGUUCCAGCGUGCGGUCGAGGCCAAGAUGAAAGGGCGUAAGAAUAGCACAAGAGCCAGAGGGAAAAGGACCCACAACAUGGGCGUGAGUCCAAUGGAAGAGGCGGCGUCCAGCAUUCCAAAGGAAGUCCGGGCCAGACUCAAGCGCGCCAAAGCUGCAAAGGGACUGCUGCAUGACCUUGAGGAAACAGUAAGAGCCUUUGUGCAAAAGUGGAAUGCCAGAGAGGCUCGACUGCAGGAAGAAGGUCUGCAAGACGUCCCUUUGACCAGUGACAGUGAAGAGGAGGAGGAGAUUGUCUUUGUCGGCCGAAAUGGAGCCAUGCAUGAUUCUCCUGGUCGGAAGCAGCAGCAGAAGGAAAAGGAAACGGAUGAGACGAUCAGCACUGAAAUAAUGGUUUUCGAGGGCCUGGACACUGACAAGGGUGCUGCCUUCGCCCGCUGGCUCGUGCAUUGCAUCGGUGCCUACUACGGCUUGAGAACCUGGAGUGUCACUCGUGAUCUGGGAGACGAGGGAAAGCGAAGGUUUGCUUAUGUGGGUGUGGACACCAGAGCCAGAGGUUUCAUGGCCCGUGGUGUCGAGUUUGGCACCCGAGAGUUCGAGCUUCCUCAGCCCUUGUGGGGAAUGAUGUGA